CAGUCUCUUGUUCGCUGGUUUCCCGGUCAGUGCGUCUGAUGCUGGAGUCGGAGUCACAUCCUUGUGGAUAAUCUCAUCGAGCUGUUCUUCUGAAUACAUCGAUAUGAAGGCGCUAACGGGGCUGCUGCUGUUGGUCUUUGGUCACGGUGUGUCCUCAGUGCUUCACUCUAUGCAGUUCUUCUACACGGGGUCGUCUGGACUCACAACCUUCCCAGAGUUUGUUGGUGUUGGGAUGGUGGAUGGAGUUCAGAUGCUUCACUAUGACAGCAACAGUAAGAGAGCCGUAGCCAAACAGGACGCGGCGGACCAGCUCUACAGAGAUCAUCAGGGUGAACUCGAGAGGGACACUGGAAACUUUCUGGGUGCCCAGCAGGCCUUCAAAGCCGGCGUUGGGAUUCUGAAGCAGCGCUUUAACCAGACAGGAGGUACCCACUUAUAUCAGAGGAUGUGUGGUUGUGAGUGGGAUGAUGAUGAUGAUUCUACUGAUGGUUAUAACCAGUAUGGUUAUGAUGGAGAGGACUUCAUAGCGUUUGACCUGAAGACCCUGACCUGGGUCGCUCCAGUGCGUCAGGCUGUCCCCACCAAACAGAAGUGGGAUGGGGACAGAGCUUAUAAUGAAUACUGGAAAAACUACCAAACCAAGGAGUGUGUUGAUUGGCUGAAGAAGUACCUGUCCUAUGGGAAGAGCACUCUGCAGAGAACAGAUCGUCCGCGGGUGUCUCUGCUCCAGAGGAGCCCCUCCUCCCCAGUGGUGUGCCAUGCUACAGGCUUCUACCAUGACAGGGUGGUGGUGUUCUGGAGGAGAGACGGCCAGGAGCUCCAUGAGCAGGUGGACCCCGGGGAGGUCCUCCCCAACCACGACGGGACCUUCCAGGUCAGCGUGGACCUGGACCUCAAGGCCGUCCCACAGGAGGACUGGGGGACGUACGAGUGUGUGGUCCAGCUGAAAGGCAUCGAGGACAUCUCCACCCCCCUGGACCCCGCCCUCAUCAGGACCAACUGGGAGGAUCAGAGUGGCCCCACCAUCCCCAUCAUCAUUGGGUUGCUUGUUCUCCUCCUCGCUGCUGCUGCUGCUGUUGUUGGAGUCCUUCUGUACAAGAAGAGGAACGCUUCAGACCAGCGUCACAAACCAGUUGCUACUUCUGACACCAGCUCUGAGGACGCUUAGGGGCAGAAUCCGGCUCCUGAGGCCCAACCUCUGACCACAGGUCAAAGUUAAAUCAUGAAGAGGCUUCUCACGUUCAGCUUCCUAAACCAGGAUGGAGUGGAUCACUGUCAUCUAUAAUCAUUACAAUCAGGCUUGGGACUUCCGCUAACUAAAGAUGCUUUAUUUGCUUGACUACAAUAUUCUUAACUUUAUUUUCAUAACAAUCAUCAAUCUGUAAGAAGUGUAAAUCAAUUAGAUCUCUCUAUUUGUGACAGAUUUGAUUAACUCACUACACAUUUGAUUAACUCGUCUUAAACCUGCAAUCUUUCGCUGAUGCUUGGGUUUAAUACGUGGAGCGCAGGAACAGAACGGAGAACGCAGUACGGCUCAGGUUCUCCCUCCAUGGGGGGUGGGCGGUGUUCCCCCCGCACUGGGGGGUUAGGGGGGUCGCCUUAGCAACCACAGGGCCCCGCCUCGACUACCAAUGGAAAACAGAUAAAGGAAAUAAUAAUAAUAAUGAUAAAAAAAGAAUUGUAAUAAAUAUUUAUUAAUUAUUAUUAUCAACAAAGUACAAAACUCUGGUAGGGAAAGAGAACAGACUUCCAUCAGGUACAAAAAGGACAGAUAAAUAAACCGUCCCGGAGGACCGCAGGGCCACGAGACGCUCCUGGACCCCCUGGACUCAGACCUCCUGGGGGAGCGCUGUAUCAGGGUGGGGGUCCCCCUGGUCAGGCCCGCCCUCGGGGUCUGCGGGG